AUGGAUAUUGAUACCGUGUCUGCCGAAAGAUCAUUUCUUGAAUUUGUGCAUGAACAACCGAGAGAACCGGAGUGGAUUACGCGGAUAUUGCAUGGGAUUGAAGGUUGCGAAGAACCAGACAUUCAAGAAAUCAAGCAGGUUAGUAUGGACUACGCAGCUACGCAGCUGCGGGUCUGCCUGGAUAACUAAAAGGACGAGGUAUACAUGUACAUGUGUUUGUUUACGUUGAUCGUUUAAAAAUCGAGGAAUAUUACAUGUGUAUUACGCUUGUUUCGGCUCAAUGCUUAAAGAACGAAGUAUAGAGCAUUUUCACUCACGUAGCCAGCAUCUAUGCAAAUCGUUAUUGCAACAAAAAAAAUCGCUAGCAUAAGAAGAGAGUUCAACUCCCACAGGGCUGGUUUGGAACACCAACAUGGCUGCCGUUUCAUUGUUUCGGGACACCAGGCCUUCGUGACGUCAUGUGAAAACACUCUAUACCUCAACUACAUGCGUUUCUUUUUUUCCACAAGGGGCGAAGUGGGAUUAAAGAACUUGGAGCGUGACACCUUGUGAAUAAAUCUGAUUCGAAUUUCAAACCCUGACCCUAACCCCUAACCGUAGGAGACUACGUAGCCGUGUAGCCACGUAGCCACUGUUAUAGGGGCAUAACAGCUUCCAAGUGGCUGGGUAUUCUGCAGUAUUUAUAAAUACGAAGGCAAAUUUGCAGCUUUUUGUAAGAAAAAGUUUGCUGCCUUAAAAAUUCGGAUACGUACGUGUACUUGCAUACGUACAGUCUGUUUGAGGGGACGCUGAAACUUCACUUUCUAUACUACUUGUUUUGUUUUAUAUACUAUUUUGAAUGCUUCAAUACGUUUUCUUAUCGUAAAUCAUACAAAACCAUGUUUUAAAAAAUUAAUUCUAUUGAAAAGACAAAACAACCAAAUUAAAUAAGAGGCCUCGUCCACACGUACCCGGAUAUUUUUGAAAACUGAUUUUUUUUCGCUUUUAUAUCCACACGUAGAGUAUUCAAAUCGUUUUUGCCCUUUCACUCGAAAACACAAAAACGAUGCAAAUUCGAUUAAUAUCUCAAUUCAGCCCCCGAGCAAAAUUUUCACUCUGGGACCGUUUUUAAAAACUUGUGUUUGUGGUGCCCGAAAACUGAUCAAAACUCCGUUUACGCGUGGACGGAAGGAUUAACAGAUUUCAAAAAUAUCCUGAUACAUGUGGACAGGACCUUAUGCCCGGCCACACGUACCCGGAUAUUUCCGAAUCCGCAACAUUUUCCUCCCGGAUUUAAAAAUUUCCAGGUCUGAAAUCGAAUUCGCCCGUCCACACGUAUCCGACACGUUUCUGGAUUCACUCUAGCACCAAGGACUCACGUGGAAACAUUGGCAACGGAGCAUGCGUCGUAAAGCGGAGAUUUGCGUCUUGCUCUGCGAAGAGAGAACCUGGGAAAGAGGUUGCCAUCUUGAAUACAGUAUUCAACAUGUUCAAGAACUGGGCGCAGUUGUUCGAAGACCGAUUGGCGCUAACCCAGGGUUAAAUUUUAACCCGGGUUUCUUUUUCUUUUGUUCAAAAACAUUUUCCCGCAUAAUUUUCUCUCUUCUUUAUAGAGCAUCCAAUCUUCAAAUUGUAGGCAAAAAGAAUAAGACUUAAUUUGCUUCUCAAGCUUUCAUAUCUGAAAUCAAAUUUCGCACUAACCCUGGAUUAACCUAACCCUGCUUUGAACAACCCGGCCCGGGGCUCGAUUUUGUGACGUCACCGAAUUAAAAAAUAUCCGUAUUUAGCACGAUUCCGGAUUCAUAGCGUAUUCAAAAAUAUCCACUCUGGAGAGCGUUGAAGGGAGGAUUGAAAAAGUUGCGGUUUCGUAUUCUGUAUUCACCGGAUACGUGUGGACGGACGCCGUAUCCGGAAAGAAAAAAUCCUGAUUCAAAAAUUUCUGGAUGCAUGUAGAUGAGGCGUCAGUUUCAAAAGGUUUGUAUGAUAUUGUUUUAACAGAUAUUAGUACAUCUACGUCUUCAACUACGAGUUCUUUUUGAAAAGCAGAGGAAUUUGACAAACAAGCUGGAGAACUCCCAGGAGAAAGUAAAGAAUAGAGAGGAACAACUAUUGACGAAAGACCAAGAAAUUAUGAAAUUGCUGCAACAUUUUGCAACUCUUAAGCGAAAGAUCAACUUAGAAAGAGUUCGGUUUGGUCUUAUUCUAAAAGAAACCAAGCACGCUGCAGAAAAAAAGAUAAAUGAGCUGAAAAACGAAAUGAAAAGGGCAGAAGAAAAAUUUAACGACUGCAGGAGAAGAAUGAUGAAAGCCUAUUCUGAGAGCAGACGAGAAGAGAUGCAAACACGGCAACGUUUGGAAGAAAGUGUUAAAGAAACAUGCGCUGUAAAUGAUUCUUUUACAGCGGUUUACGACGACUAUCUUAGACUAGAGAGUUACUUGAAAGAUAUUGAGGAAGAGAUGAUGCCACUUCAGUCGCAAAUUUACGAGCUUUCCCAAGCCUUGAAUUUAAAGCCCACGGAAUUACUUUCCAAGCUUGAGCAACUGAAGAUAAUUUUGACAAGCGACGAAAACAUAAAAGAGCUGCUGAGAAAGACUCUUUUUAAGAUGAAAAACGAUGAAAUUUCUCCAAAGGAUUCUGAAACUGAGAGUUUUAAUAAUCCUCGCGCUGGUUCUUCCAGCAACGUAAAACAGGGUGACCUAUCGUGUCCUUUCAGUCAGAAGUUUCUGCUGGAACAGUUGAAUAAUCCGUGUCACAAGAAAACGGGAAAGAAAUACAAGGUAGAAAAAGAAAAAGUCGUACGCCCCAAGCUUGGCUUUAAGAUCCCCAAGUGGCCGCUGAGACAGGGAAGAAUAUUGCAAUGA